AUGCAAUGGCCGUGGCGCGAUCGCGAGUCCAACGACGAGCCCCUGCUGCCCGUGUCCGUUCCGAGCAUAAAUGGGAUAGAUCGUGAUUAUGAUCAUGGGCAUGACGAGCAUGUUGAACGGUCCAGAUCGACUUCGAGAAGACCGGCGCACGCCAGGACAACUUCGGCUCAGUCUAGGUCUGUGGCAGAUGGAUACUCCUUUAUGACACCAGCCGAGACAGCGAAACGUCUACAGUCCUCCUUGACCUACGGCCUGACCCCCGGCGAAGCCCUCUCCCGAUUACAAGAUUUCGGCCCAAACGAGAUCCCCCACGAGGAGCCCGACCCGAUAUGGCUGCGCUUUCUCAUGCAAUUCCGAGAGCCACUCAUCAUUCUCCUUCUUGUCUCGGCCUUCCUCUCCAUAUUCGUUGGGAACACGGACGAUGCCGUUAGCAUCACUGUUGCCGUCACAAUCGUCGUUACCGUUGGAUUUGUACAGGAAUACCGAUCCGAGAAGUCUAUCGAAGCUCUCAACCAUCUGGUGCCCAACCAUGCCCAUUUAGUUCGAGCACAGCCGUCCAAGGCCGCGCCUAGCACCAAGAGUCCAUCAUGGCCGCCCAGCGCUGAUGGCAUGAGUGAUAGUGAUCCUGCAAUUGGGACACGGACACCAGGAGAGGAGAUGAUGGAGGCUAUAUCCUCCAAAGUCAUGGCAGCUCAGUUGGUGCCGGGAGAUUUAGUCCUUUUCACGACUGGGGACCGCAUACCUGCCGACAUCCGAAUUACCAAAGCUUCCGACCUGACCAUCGACGAGUCGAACCUGACGGGCGAGAACGAGCCCCUGAGGAUGACGGCCGACGCCAGGUUUCGCAGCCUACAUUCACCCUCGGUAGCCCGUUCUGGAGCGCUGCACCAUCCAAGCCCUUCAGCUCUAUCCCCUCUACCGUAUAAUGGGGGCCCGAAAGAUGAUAUGCACAACCACGAGGUCAAUAACAUCGCACAUAUGGGCACACUCGUGAAGUCUGGCUAUGGUCAAGGCAUCGUAUUUGCUACAGGUGGUGAGACGCACUUCGGCACGAUUGCCGCAAGUGUGUCGGGCACAGAGAGUCCGCGCUCCCCACUGCAGAUCAAUAUGGACCAGCUGGGAAAGCAGCUGAGCCAGUUCUCGUUUGGAAUAAUCGCCCUGAUUUCGGUAGUCGGAUGGUUGCAGGGGAAGAAGUUACUUGACAUCUUCACAAUUUCUAUCUCGCUUGCUGUCGCGGCUAUCCCCGAGGGGCUACCGAUCAUUGUGACGGUCACGCUGGCUCUUGGUGUUCAUCGUAUGGCGAAACACAACUCUAUUGUCCGAAAGAUGCCGAGUGUCGAAACAUUGGGUUCCGUCAACGUCGUUUGUUCUGACAAGACAGGAACACUAACAAUGAAUCAUAUGACGACGGCGAAGAUGUGGUACUUUGGGUCGAAAGCACCAGUGGACGUCGAGUCGGAUGACCUGGCAGCAGAAGAAACACCCGAUGUUGCCGCUUUAAAAAUCCUACGAAUUGGCAAUAUAGCAAAUAAUGCCCGCCUUGCCCAUGGGACGAAGACUGUUUUCCCUGAUGCCCAAACCAAAGACUUUGCCUCCCACACACGAUGGGUGGGACAGCCUACAGACGUCGCGAUGCUAGAUCUUCUAGACAGGUUCAAGGAGCACGAUGUGAGAGACUCGAUUGGUCCCCGCACAGCUGAGACGCCAUUCAGCUCGGAGAGGAAGUGGAUGGGUGUUGUAAUAGGGGCGCAAGCUGGGAAUAGCGAGAAAGAAUAUGCCUAUAUGAAGGGCGCGAUUGAUAAAAUCUUGGACGCUUGCGAUUCUUAUCUUACACCCGACGGGCAGGAGGUCGUGAUGGAUUCUGGACGUCGCCAGGAGGCAUUUGAAGCUGCCGAGACAAUGGCCGAAAAGGGGCUCAGAGUCUUGGCAUUUGCCAGCGGAGCCGUGUCUAAGUCUACGCGCAGCAGAUCGGGCUUCACUCGAAGCUCUACACCCGGGGCCCGGGAUGCAAGCCAGAGUCCAGGACUGCCUCAUAGUGAGGAGGCGUACAAGAGUCUGACAUUCGCUGGUCUGGUAGGUAUGAGCGAUCCACCAAGACCUGGUGUGUCUCGCUCCAUCCGAAAGCUGAUGCGCGGAGGCGUCAAAGUCAUCAUGAUCACUGGCGACUCCGCAACGACCGCGCUGGCUAUAGGGAACCAACUUGGCAUGCAGAUUGCCACGCCACGAGAGCAUUCGGCCCACCAGGUUGCCGUGAAACCUGUGCUCACUGGUCACGACGUGGACAUGAUGACUGAGGAUGACCUCGCGGCAGCAAUACAGACCACAACCGUCUUUGCGCGUACCAACCCCGACCACAAGUUGAAGAUCAUCCGAGCUCUCCAAUCACGUGGUGACAUCGUCGCUAUGACUGGGGACGGGGUCAAUGAUGCGCCAGCACUCAAGAAGGCGGAUAUUGGCAUAUCAAUGGGUAUGCAUGGUACUGACGUUGCCAAAGAGGCGUCGGAUAUGAUACUCACGGACGACGAUUUCUCCACCAUCCUUCGUGCCAUCGAGGAGGGCAAGGGCAUAUUCAACAACAUCCAAAACUUCAUAACGUUCCAACUCAGCACCAGCGUGGCCGGUCUGUCACUGGUCCUCAUAUGUACCUGCCUGGGGUUCAAAACUCCGUUGAACGCCAUGCAGAUUCUCUGGAUCAAUAUUAUCAUGGACGGUCCUCCGGCUCAAUCUCUAGGCGUCGAAAGGGUCGACCCAGACGUGAUGACGCGACCACCUCGUUCUCGAAGUGAGCCGGUCCUCACACGAGCCUUGCUUACUCGUGUCUUGACCUCGGCUGCGAUCAUCAUGGCGGGUACGAUGGCUGUGUAUACACACGAAAUGUUAUCCGAUGGCGAAGUCACCCGACGCGACACAACGAUGACAUUUACCUGUUUCGUGUUGUUCGACAUGUUCAAUGCACUAUCUUGUCGAUCGGAGAGCAAGUCCAUCUUCAGAGGCGAAGUCGGCUUGUUUUCGAACAAGCUCUUCAACUGGGCGGUAUCUUUGAGUUUGGCCGGGCAGUUGCUAGUCAUUUACUUCCCAUGGCUCCAAGAAGUCUUUCAGACCGAGGCGCUGGGGCUUUUUGAUCUCAUAAGACUGGUUGCAUUAGCGAGCUCGGUGUUUUGGGCAGACGAAGCAAGAAAAUGGUACAAAUACGGACGGAGGCGCAUGGGGGGAUACAGUCAAGCGGUAUAG